AUGUCGUCCAUCUCUCAAGUCAUCAUUCACGACCAUAAAGAGCUCGAGGAGUACUAUAACAACAUCAUCAGCUCUACCACCAAGGAUGACAAGAUCAGAUGGCAAAACCAGUUCACUUGGGAGCUCGCUCGACACUCCAUCGGCGAAGAAUUAGUAGUCUAUCCGGCUUUCGAAAAGUAUCUCGCGGAUGGCAAAGCUAUGGCUGAUCAGGAUAGAGCUGAACAUGCCAAGGCUAAAGAACUCCUCUACAAGUUCCAAAGUCUUUCCCCCGACCAGUCGGAAUUCGAACCCACCAUCAAGAAACUCUGGAGCGAGUUGACAGAACACAUCAAGGGAGAAGAGCAAGAUGAUCUUCCCAAACUCGAAAAAUCCCUUCCUGGGGAAGAAUCAGCCAAUCUUGCCGCUAGUUUCCAGAAUACCAAGAAGUUCGUGCCUACUAGAAGCCACCCUUCCGCUCCUGACAAGCCUCCUUUCGAAACUGUUGCUGGUCUCCUCGCUGCUCCUAUGGACAAGUUGGGAGAUUUGUUCCGCAAAUUUCCCAAAGAGUGA